AUGGAAACAGGUGUGGGUGUAAGUUCAAAGGAUGUUGGAUUCACAGAUAUACAGUUGAAUAUGUGCCGUAAGGCUGUACCUAUUUAUUGUUCUUGUUUUUCCCUGAUGCUGGGGCCAAACCAAUUAGUACUUUCUGUUGCUACUAAUAUUACUAUUAUUAAUAUGACUACUAAUACUUGUACCGCUAUUAUUCUUCUUUUUUGUUAUUAUUGUUUUUAUUGUUGUCGUUGUAAUAUUGGCGUUUAUAAUACAAUCUCACUCUUUUUCUCUCUCUCUCUCUCUCCUCUCACUUCACUUCAUAGUUACAGAAGCGAGUGCAUAAUGGAAAUACCUUCACGAUGGCCGGAUCCCGUUGAUAACAGAACCUCCGCAGUGUUGGCAGAUUACAAGUGGCUUCCAAACUGUCGUCAUGAUUUAUUUCAAAUGUUAUUAGAACAGGAAGAGGGAAUCGCACGUGUUUACUUUGCAGCGGAGGUGGAACUCGCUAUUGCUAUACCAGUGAACAACAGUGAAAAGGCAGAUGGAAACUAUUCUGCCCAUAAGAACAAGAAGAGUACAAGUAGUAGUAAUCAUAGUAAUAAUAAUAAUAGUAUUAAUAGUAGUAGUAGUGGUGGUGCAGCUAUUCCUCCUGCUGUUGCUAGUAGUAUUAGUAGAACUAGUAGUAUACAUGGUGAAGGUACGUUAAGGAGUUAUGUAGAUGAACAAACAGAGUCUUCAUAUUAUGAUAAGAAAGAUCUCUGUUCUGUGAGAGAAGAUGGGGAACUACAAAUGCAUUGGACUACCAUAAAGGCCAUUGUAUUACUAACAUGGACGGGAUUAUAUAUAUAUAAUACAAACGCUACCCUAUUACGUUAUGUCUCUCUUGUCGAUAUAGAUAAGGUGGGAAUUAUCUUCGAUGCUUGGAUGUGGCUUCGAGUGAUGGCAUCUACACAUCCCGUGGAGGAAACACCACUACAACGUACAUCCUCUUCUACUUCCUCCUCUUUACCGUUAUUAUCUCCAAUCUAUCAAGAGCAACAACAAGAUGUGUUAUUCCGUAUUGUACCAGAGAAUGAAUCUCCAUUGGCGGUACUGCGUGUGCUUUUAGGUAUUCUCUCUGCCACCCACACAAAGGGUGCACAAUUUGUGGGCUUUUAUCACGACUUCACACUUGUGCAACUCCCACAGUUAAAUACAUUCGGUGUUUGUCAUUAUCCCGCCUUGCCGCUCCUCCGGUAUAGUGAUAUGUGGACAGAAGUACGCAAUCCACACAGUCUCAUUGCUCACUUGUUGCUGCGGCAUCAACUCGCCUGUGGGAGACCACCACCAAUGCGCUACAAUCUACACAACGACCCCACCGCACGAUGGAGUACUGCCGCUAUUAAAGAACGACAAAAACAAAAACAACAGCAAGAGGAACAACAAGAAAAAGAAAAAGAAGAACAGAAACUAUUAUUAUAUUCACCUAUUCAUUUUCCUACAGAGUCCCAGUCGGUUUUGUUUGCUGCCGAUGGUACGGCUCUUGUUUCACCGCACUUUUCUUCAUUAUUAUUAGAAGGAUGUGUGUUUCCGCGUGUGAUUCGUAAGAGUAGAAGUCUCCCAUUAUCACCGUCAACACCACCGAACUGUCCACUCGCCACUUCAGAAGCCUCCAACUCUCUACUGGAAGUAAACUACAUGAGGAGGGAAGAAGAGAAAAAGAAUAAGAAGAAUCAUGACAACAAUGAUAAUAACAAUGGGAAUGAUAUUAACAAGGUAGCGAAACCAGAUAUUUCACCGCUUCCACCCCGUUCACCUCGUGCCGUUGUCAAUACUACGAAUACUAAUAUUACCAUUAACAAUAAUACUAGUAGUAUUAUGGAUAAUGCUUUCAGUUCAGGUUUAACAACACCCGCUGUGCAUAGGCCCUCAUAUGGAGACCCGCAUUUCUUAACAACAUCACCAUCACCACGCAUACCAGAGACUCUUAACGUUUAUCCCGCAAACCCCACACCAAACCUGCAGGAAGCUGAACAGAGAUUUAUACCACCGAAACCCACUAAAGUGAUGAGUAUGAAGACCAGUCAUGAAGAAAGAGUUAUGACUCGAAAAGAAUCCCCUACUAAAACCCCUAGUAGACACACCUCUUCAGUAGAAUGGGAUUCCACCAUUGAACAUAUGCUGAUGAUGCUAAACAAGAGGCAAUCUGAGCCAUCUGAUCGCGAAUACGCUCGACACAUUACACAGGACCUUCUUUUACAUACAAAAGAAUCUCAACAACAACAACAACAAGAAAAGGUGUUGCCAAAUCGCAGUCGUGUUGUUGCUCCUAGUGAUGUGAGUAGUAAUGAUGAAAAGAAUGUUGUUCAUGUUGAUGGUGUCUUUUAUCGUCUAUCACCCGCUGUGAGUUUCAUUGCCUGUCCACCAUUUCGAAUGUAA